GUACUGUUUUGCUUUACCAUUUCAAAGCAGUAUGAACGAUCAAAGCCCUCAACAAAUUUUUGAAAGUUUCCCUUUGCUAGCACAGUACGUGUUUCUUUUGCCUCGGGAGCAAUGCCUUACAUUUCACCAAAAUAUAGAUCGAACUUGAGCAAAUACAAGUACAGUGGUACGGACAAGAGUUUACUGUCGCGUUAUGUACUCAAUCCAUUCUGGAACCGUCUUGUCAAGGUGUUCCCAUUAUGGGUGGCUCCUAAUUUGAUCACGAUGUCUGGACUAUUGUGUGUGAUGCUCAACUUGGCUACUCUUCUGUACUAUUCGCCUGAUUUGGGUACAUGUCCUAACUGGUGCUAUUACUCUUUCGCUGUCGGUCUGUUUGUCUAUCAAUCUCUUGAUGCCAUCGAUGGAAAGCAAGCUAGACGCACGGGUACAUCUGGUCCUUUGGGCGAACUGUUUGAUCACGGUUGCGAUGCUUUAAACACAACUAUCGAAUUUCUUUUGGUUACCUCGUCUCUUCAUUAUGGACAAAGCUGGCUGACCGUUUUGUCAUUGGCUUCCAGCUUGGGAGCUUUUUACCUAUCAACCUGGGAAGAGUACCAUACUGGCACUUUGUACUUGAGUUACUUUAGCGGACCAGUUGAGGGCAUCAUCAUGCUUGUCUUUAUUCAUACGAUUAGUGGUAUCUUUGGACCUGAAUUUUGGCUUUUGAAAUUCGGUGACUUGUAUAGCAAAUUAUACGACAUUGUGCCUCUAGCUGCCAACCUUCGUCUCAAUGAAGGUUUUGCUGCCUUUGCCGGUGUAGGUCUCAUAUUCAACAUUCUCGCUGGAUUCCAUAAUGUCUAUCUGGCUGCAAGAAGCAAGGGAAAGCCUGUUCUUCCUGCUCUACUUGGAUUUGCUCCUUUCGUUGCGGCAUGUGGUAUUGCUUACCUUUGGCUCCAAGCUUCUCCUUCCAUUGUGACCGAGCACUUUUUACCUUUUGCUCUGUACAUUGGUGCUUCAUUUGGAUACCAAGUUGGUCUCAUCAUCACUGCUCAUCUUACUAAGGCUCCAUUCCCUUACUUUAACCUCAUGUUGAUUCCUCUUGCUAUCGGAUGCAUCAAUGCUAAUCUGCCUGCUAUUGCUGGAAUUGAACCUUUCUUUCAAGGCAAGAAGGAAUUGCCCUAUUUAUGGUCAUGCUUCGCGUUCUCUAUUCUAGUGUACGCUCAUUUCGCUAUUUCUGUCAUCAACGAACUCUGUGACUUCUUUGAUAUCUGGUGCUUGACCAUUAAGCAUAAGAAGAAGGGUGACCAGACCAAGAAGGAUUAGACGAGCUUCUUUUCGGUGUUUCUUUCCCCACCAUGUUAUUAUACGCCAGUCAUUUCCAUGUUACAUAAUGAAACAAAGAUUAUAAUUGUUUUUUUCUUCAAGUGCUUGUUAUUUAUUAUCAUUGGUUUUUGCAUAUAGGUAAGCUACCAAAUUCUAUGUACAAAAGACCAUCC